AAGAAGAAGAAGAAGAAGAAGAAGAAGAAGAAGAAGAAGAAGAAGAAGAAGAAGAAGAAGAGUAGUUUGGAUUUGAUAUCCCGCUUUAUCACUACCCGAAGGAGUCUCAAAGCGGCUAACAAUCUCCUUUCCCCUCCUCCUCCACAACAGACACCCUGUGAGGUGGGUGGGGCUGAGAGACUUCAGAGCAGUGUGACUAGCCCAAGGUCACCCAGCAGCUGCAUGUGGAGGAGUGGAGACGCGAACCUGGUUCCCCAGAUUGCAAGUCUACCGCUCUUAACCACUACACCACACUGGCUCUGCCUUCUUGGCAUACACGGUGUUAAACUGUUCAUUUGCAAAUCGUUUAGGCUCUUGUCUCUUUCUACCUGACCGUCUGAGUCCAGAAGGAGAACUUGACCCUUCAGACUCAGUGGAACUAUUUGAACUACUAGCCUCAGACUUUAAAUCAUUUUUGUCAGACUGCUGAAACUCCUGCGGGCUUCGUUUACAAUCGGGAAACUCAAAAGAAAACCUCUCGGGUGUCUGUAGCUUCAAAUUUUCAAAUAAAUCACCAGACCCAACAGGUUUUCUGUCUUCACCAUCACCACUAUCCCCUGCUGCUCCUUCUUCUCUUGCUACUUCUAUUUCCUCCUCAGUAUCAUUUAUACCAUAAUUAUCUUGGAAAACAGCAACUCCAUUCCAAUUUAUAGUUGGGAUUAUGCUUCUGGUUAUGUGAAACAUGCCAGUGGCUGGUAUAUAAACUCUGUACGCCCCCUCCUGGUAGCCCAUUAAUCUUCCUUGAGCACUACGCUCACCCAAUUUCUGAUUAGCAGGGUAAUGCAUGAUAACAUUUGAACCCCAAAUGCGUAGACAUUUAGGUUAGGGCAUUUUCCAAACAACAUUUCAUAGGGAGUGACAUCUAAACCAGAAUGAUAACUGCGGUUCUUCACAUAACAAUAGCCAAUGAGAGCUUCAGCCCAAAACCCUUUGGGCAAAUUAGCAUCAUGCAGAUAAGUUUAACACCUGCCUGCAAAUCACAUUGCACAACCUCAACAAGCCCAUUCUGCCAAGGACUUCAGGGGCAAGAUAACUCAUGAGUAGUCCUCUGUGCUGCCAGGAAACGCUCAAACUCUUCAGAAACAAAUUGUAUUCUCCGGUCAGAAAAAAGAUUCCUUAUAGGUUUGUUAAAGUGCAUUCUUACCCAGUUGCAAAAAACUUUAUACUUCUCAAAAGCUUGUGACUUCUCAGCAAUUGUAUAAACCCAGGAAAAUGUACUAUACUGAUCUAUCAGAGUUAACCAGUGCUUUGAACCUCCUAAUGAUGGUGGGAGCGGCCCAACCAAAUCACAAUGCACACGCUCAAAUGGCCCUGAUACUUUCCUGUCUGAGCAUUUACCCUUGCAUGCAACCUUUAUCUUAUUCUUACAACAGGAUAUACAUUGCAUAUAGUAUUUACAUGGCUUUAAAUUCAGUCCAUCAACAAUAUUCUUUGUCUUUAUCACAUCAGCAAAGUUCAAAUGUCCUAGAAGUCUGUGUGCUUCAUGGAUACAUCCAGAAUGUGUUUUUACAUUUUUCAACCCGUCUUGACUGUAUUACUCUGCAAUUUACAGGUGGUUGUGAAUAGCUCUGAAAGUACAGUCUAUAUAAGCCCUCAGACUCCCGGGCAUAUAAUACACGUUCGUUUCCAUCGAAAAUCUCACAUAUUGUCUUAGCAAAGCACACAGUUAUUCCUUGACGAGCAAAGCAACUUACUGAUAAUAAAUUAUCCACUGACGGGCAGUAAAUGCAAUUUGCUAUUGUAAUGUUUAAAGAGUCAAGUUUAAUUGUACCCCUGCCAAAUGACUGCAGGACUUCAGAACUGGCUACAUGUACUUUACCAAUUUCCUCUUCAAAAGAAAUAAACAAGCUUCUGUCGUUGCAAAGGUGGGACGACACUCUACUGUUGAUAACAAAUGACCCCCACUUGGCACCUUUAAUUCUUUUAUGACCUGUUGUCCGAGCAUGAAAGGCUCGUGUCCAUUUUUACUACAUGCUUCCGACUGCUGGGCUAACGCCUGUUAUUGUCGAACUGGAACAGACCUGGGAGCAUUUUGCUUUCUUUUGAAUCUGCAGUUCCUGCCAAAUGCCCCUUUUUGUUGCACAGGCAGCAAGACUUGGCAGUUUUAAAUGCAGUUGAAUCACCACAGGUUUGCAUACGGCAUUCCUUGUUAUUUCUGGAACUAGGAGUGCUUAUCGCGCAUGCCUCCCUUCUGUCCAACUCGCCCAUUAAGCUUGCCGUUACCCCUUCCACAGUUAAUUGUGCUGGAGGUACAGCAAAUAGGAUGAACACUGAAUCACUAAUCAACUUCAUUGCCUUCCUACAGAACAUCUAUCUUUUCUGGACUGAGCUUUGGUUUAUUAGCCCAUAUCCAACACAUUAAUAUACCAAGCACCUUUUAAGAACAUUCAUUGUGUCAUCUACACUGGACAAAGAGGAGAAAUAGAGCUGGGUGUUGUUAGCAUAGUGGUGAUGCCUCAUUAUCAUCUCCAGAUAAUUUCCUCCUAAAGCUGGGUACAUGUUACUCAAUAGGAUAAAUGUUGUGGAGUGAAACAGAAGUAGUCCAGUAUAACUUUUUGGGACUAACCUGACAGACAAGAACAGAACCAAGGGGACACAAUGCCUGCAAACCAGAAUAUUAUUCGGAAGUAUAUUAUAAUUGAUACAUCAAAUUGAUAGCCUUUGAGAGAUCCAGGAGAAUCAACAGGAUUGCACUCCAUGUGUUCCUCUCCUACCAUGUGUUUUCUGUGGGGGUGACCAAAGUGCCCCCAAACAAUGACAGAAUUCAGACUGAAAUAGAUCCAAAUAAUCCAUUUAAUCCAGGCAUGUCUGGGGUUGAGAAGCCAUUGCCUAGUAAAGCCACUUGCCCAAGAAAGGGGGAUUAGCAACUCGCCAAUUGCGGGGGGGGGGGAUCAUCCAUGUAUUUUUAAGGAGUAGUCUCAGAGGUACGUCCUUCAAGGCUGCUGGGAUCUUCUCUUCUUUUAAGGAAGUACUUAUUGCCACCUGAACCCAAUUUACUACCCCUUCUGGGUUGACGCUGUUGUGGGCAACAAAAGUUGAACCUCUCUGAUAAUAUUAAGCUGCAAAUAACAUUAAGUUGCAAUAGUGAAAAUUCAUUCCAGCAAAAGGGUCUGGACAGGGCCACAGGAACUUCCAGUCCUAUAAGCAAUCCAUCACUCAAGUCAUUUUUCUAUGAAAUGCUUUGGGAAUAAGUCACACUGAAUCAUCGAGGGUUCUUGUAAAAUGCAGAUCAAUAAGCUCCAUUGCUACUUAGCAGCUCCUGUGGAUGGCAUUUCUCAGAUACAACUCUGGUGGAUGUGAAGGAAUCUCUGUUCACCAUAAUCAUUACCAUGACUGAACAUGUAAAACAGGCUCUAGCCUGUGUGCAGUAACAUCUGCUCCUACACACUGUGUUCUAGACAUUUCAUUCGUGAUUCCUGUGAUCUUUUAAUUUUAAAAAAGGAUGGAGGAAUCAGCAUUAUCUAAUAAAUGUAGAUGGAGGUACACCAGCAUUUCUCCUUCUUUGAAUGUCUGAAUGAGAUGUCGAACCAUAUUUUAAAGGCAGUGCUUUAAAUGCUCACAACCAUAUGGUUAGUAAGGGUGAAAAUUAUUUCUGUUACACAACAAAGCAAUAUUUUAACUGUAAAGAGUUAAACUAAGAAGGUAAACAUGAGUUUAACUAUAAACAGCUAGUAAGAAGGAAAUGACAUAAUCAGAUAAUUGCUUCUGAUGCAUAACUUAAUAAAACCAAGGUAUUUGGAUUUAAACUGAAAUAAACUAAAAGACUGUAGCCCAGCAUAUGCUUUGUGUGUAAAAUAUCUCAGGUACAAGCCAUAUGAUCUCCAUAAAAGUCUCCUCUCUGAAGAAACCCUGGAGAAACCCACAGUAUCUCAGGCAGUACAAUUUUAGCUGUUUGCAGAUGAAGUGUGAAUCUUUUGACUCUUGUUCCCUAAUCAGCCUUGGAGUUAUUUUUGUCAACUCUGCACUAUUAAGUGUGUAUUUGUUCCAAAUUAAGCAAGUCAUUUUCUUAAGCAUCUAGACCAGGGGUGGUCAACCUUUUUAUACCUACUGCCUUCUAAUGCAUCUUUCUUGAUGGUAAAAUUUCCUUACUGCCCACCAGUGCUUGAUGGAAGGAGGAUUCAGCUUGUGCCAUAGAACCCCUUACUGCCCACCUAGAAUCCUGAAACGCCCACUAGUGGGCGGUAGAGACCAGGCUGACAACCCCUGAUCUAAGACAAAUAACUUUUCCAGUUGAUCAGAGGUCAGGGGUACCAACUUGAAUAAAAUACUGUGAGGGUCCAGGUAGGCCCUGCCCUGCAUAAUCGAUCACAUGAUGCAGAGCACAUACCCCAUUUGAAUGGGAAUGCCCAUCAACUUUGUGGGGGUCCAGACGCCUCAAACAUUUCCCCCAGAGAAACCCAGCCAGAUGGGUGAAGUAUUAUGAUUAUUAUGAUUACUAUGAUUACUAUGAUUACUAUGAUUACUAUGAUUACUAUUAUAUUUUAUUGUGGCCCACCCCACAGAGUCAAGGUAAGGUUGUCCGACCAAGGUAGGUAGCAGAAAAUUCUUUCCCAGCUCCUAAAGUUACAGACUGUAAGGGAGGCUGCCAGUUAAGUAGUUAACCAUGUUGCAAAUAAGCUCUUUUAAUUGUGGCCGAAAUUGUGGCCCUACUUCAAUCUUCAUUUCGUUGUCUUCCUGGUAUGCUCAUUCCCGGUAUGGAAGCAAAAUGCUUAUUAUCUUUUAAAUUCAAGCCUUUUAGUCUAACUGGGUAGAGGUUUUAAAGACAAUAUGGCAAUAAAAUCAGAUAUUUCUAAUUACCAUAAGUUGUUUGUGGUAAGAAAUGAAAAAUAUAUAAAUAUAUAUGGCUUCUAAAAUGUCUAAACUAAAGUAGUGAAUAGGCCAGGAAUGAAAUGAUCAAGAAGUCUGCCUGAUUUCACUGAAAUAAUGUUAUAAGUUAUACACAAUGAAAUGGUGAUAUUUGGAAUGUUACUUUAAUUUACAGUUGUUGUUUAGUUGUUUAGUCGUGUCUGACUCUUCGUGACCCCAUGGACCAUAGCACGCCAGGCACUCCUGUCUUCCACUGCCUCCCACAGUUUGGUCAAACUCAUGUUAGUAGCUUCGAGAACACUGUCCAACCAUCUCAUCCUCUGUCGUCCCCUUCUCCUUGUGCCCUCCAUCUUUCCCAACAUCAGGGUCUUUUCCAGGGAGUCUUCUCUUCUCAUGAGGUGGCCAAAGUAUUGGAGCCUCAGCUUCACGAUCUGUCCUUCCAGUGAGCACUCAGGGCUGAUUUCCUUCAGAAUGGAUAGGUUUGAUCUUCUUGCAGUCCAUGGGACUCUCAAGAGUCUCCUCCAGCACCAUAAUUCAAAAGCAUCAAUUCUUCAGCGAUCAGCCUUCACUACUGGGAAAACCAUAGCUUUAACUAUAUGGACCUUUGUCGGCAAGGAUUAAGACAUCACCUUACUUUACAGUACAAUCCUACAUAUGGUUACUCACAAGUAAAUUUUCAAUAUGAUUUAUUCCCAGGUAAGUUUGUGUAGGAUUGCAGCCUUAAUGUUCUGUUAGCUACAGUGAUCCUUUACUGAAGCAAAGAAAAUAAACAAAGCAAAGAAAAUCUCAUUAAAUACAACAUUAAAUAUGUGUUGGUGGUAUUAUUUCUCCAAAUAAAGACAAAGGAUACAUUUACUUACUAAUUUUUCAAAACAAAGAAUUCUGUGGAAUAGGUACAGUAUUUUGUAAAAAAAUCAAGUAUUUCUCAUAGAACAGAAAUUACAGGUUUAUUAAAUGCUUUUCUGGUUUAUACUUUUUAAUAUGCUUUGUUUUUAUGCUUGAUUUGUUUAUGCUUUGUUUAUAGAUAGUUAUCCACACACGUAGGAAGAAAACUGCUUAAUCAUGUCAACUAGGCUGUCUUUGCCUUUUGUAUGACUUUAGCCAUUGCAGUUUUUGGUUGAGACUCUGGGCGCCGCUGUUUACCAACGAGAAAGCAAAAUGAAACGAAAGAUGCAGGGUAGGUUCUUGAGUGUUACACAUUGCUAGAAAGGCAGCUAAACUGGCACACGUCCUCUCUCUCGGUGAAACAGUAUAGAUUAAGAAAAGGAUUUUCUGGUUCUUUGCUACAAAACCCUUUGCCACGAGAAAGAGAAAUAGGUAGACGUUCCAAAGGUAAUUCUUUGAAAUGGCAGCUGCGCUGAGACUCCGACAACACAGUGGCUCCUUCUGGUUUGCUUUUAUUGCCAUUUGGCAGACAAAUUGUGGGCAACUCCACUACUCAGUUCCUGAGGAAGUCCCGAAAGGCUCUUUCAUUGGGAAUAUAGCAGAGGACCUGGGACUGGGUUCCAAGAAAUUGUCAGACAACAGAGUUCGCAUCAUCUCUGAAGGUAUGCUUCAAUAUUUUACUUUGAAUUCUAAGAAUGGCCAGUUAUAUGUCUCCGAAAGGAUAGACAGAGAAGAAAUAUGCAGGUGGGAAGAGAAGUGUGUUUUAAGUCUUGAAGUCCUUGUUGAGGAUAAAAUGAAACUGUUCACUGUAGAAAUUGAAAUCACAGAUAUAAAUGACAAUGCUCCAACUUUCACCCAGGAACGCUUAGAUCUUAAAAUAAGUGAAACGGCCAUUGUAGGGACUCAUAUUGCCUUGCAAGAAGCUCAGGAUUCUGACAUUGGAGAUUAUUCCCUUCAGAACUACCAUCUGAGCAGCAGCAGAUAUUUCUCCCUGAAACUGCAGAGCAGAUCUGAUAAGGACAAAUUUCCAGAACUGGUGCUAGAGAAAUCUUUGGACAGAGAAGCGGAAGCAUUUUACUCACUCAUCCUAACGGCCACGGAUGGUGGGCAUCCCGUGAGGUCUGGCACUCUGCAGAUCUAUGUAACGGUUCUUGAUGCAAAUGAUAAUGCACCCAUUUUCAACCAACCUCUCUAUAAAGUGAGUGUUUUGGAAAGUGUUUCCAUAGGCUCUCUGCUGCUUACUGUAAAUGCUACAGAUGCCGAUGAAGAAACGAAUUCUGAGGUGAUUUACUCAUUCCUAAAAAUAAAGGAGAAAGCAUCACAACUCUUUCAAAUAAAUUCUAGAAAUGGGGAGAUAACAACAACAGGGAAGUUGGACUAUGAAGACGAUGCAUUACAUGAAAUGGAAGUUCAAGCAAAGGACAAUGGAGGUCUCUCCGACAGGGCUAAAGUGUUGAUCAUCCUUAUUGACGUUAAUGACAAUAUUCCCAAGAUAACUAUCACUACCUUCUUCAGUUCAAUCAGUGAAGGAAGCUCUCCAGGAACUGUGGUUGCUCUACUAAACAUACAAGACAGAGAUAUGGGGGAGAAUGGAGAAGUCUUGUGCUCAGUUCCUAAAACUCUUCCUUUCCACUUAGAGAAAUCCUUUGAUAACUAUUACCAUUUGAUGACUGACAUGCUGCUCGACAGAGAAGAAACAUCAAACUAUAGUAUAACUAUCAUGGCUACAGACAAAGGGAGCCCUCCAUUAUCAACCACUACAGUGUUCUUUGUAGAAAUUUCAGAUGUAAAUGAUAAUGCCCCAAUCUUCAAUAACAUACAAUAUACUUCUUACGUAACUGAGAAUAACAUCAGAGGAGCAUCUGUUUAUUACAUGAAAGCAAGUGAUCCUGACUGCAUGGAAAAUGCUACAAUCACUUUUUCAAUCAUUGAUCAAAGUGUUGGCGAUUCUACUCUUUCAUCCUACCUUUCUAUCAACUCUGAAACUGGGGUUGUUUAUGCCCUGAUCUCCUUUGAUUAUGAAGAGAUUAAAGAGAUGAAUUUCCUGGUCAAGGCCAAGGACGGAGGCUCUCCACCACUCAGCUCCGAAGUCUCAGUGACUCUCUUCAUCCUGGACCAGAAUGACAAUGCUCCCCAAAUCCUAUACCCCUCCCCUCCCACCGAUGGCUCCACGGGGAUAGAGCUGGCCCCUCGCUCCUCUGAGCCAGGCUACCUGGUCACUAAGGUGGUGGCCGUGGAUGCGGACUCUGGCCAGAAUGCCUGGCUCUCCUACCAGCUGAUCAAGGCCACUGAGCCAGGGCUCUUCACUCUGGGGCUCCACACGGGAGAGAUCAGGGCGGCCCGCUUCUUUCUAGAGAAAGAUUCCCUCAAGCAAAGCCUGGUGGUUUUAGUCAAGGACAAUGGGCAGCCUCCAAUGUCGGCUUCAGUCACUGUCACUGUGGUCUUGGCUGACAGUAUCCCUGACAUGCUGACUGAUAUGAGCAGCAUCCCGGUAUCUGAAGACCCACAGUCAGAUAUCACCUUCUAUUUGGUGACUGCAGUGGCUUUUGUCUCCUGCUUGUUCCUUGCCUUCCUCCUUGUGUUAUUGGCACUCAGACUUCGCAGGUGGAAAAAUUCUCAGUUGUGUGACAAUGGAAGUGUGCAUUUUGAUGGUGCUCCCAUCUCCCAGUUUGUGGGGAUUGAUGGAGUCCGGGCAUUUCUUCAGUCUUAUUGCCAUGAGGUUUCACUGACUUCAGGCUCUCGGAAAAGCCAGAUUUUUUUCCCAAUUGGAAGCUGUACCAAUACUCUGACACCACAACAGGCUCCUGACAAGCCAGAUCCUAUUUUACUCAUAGGUGAUUCUAACACUGUUAAGGAGGAGGCAGCAACCUGUCAAGUGAGUACAUGAAUUUCAGUACUUCCGUUUAUUUUAAGGUUUAGAAAGUCAUUGGAAAUGGCUGUUGCAAGACAUUUCUGUCUUUGGUUCUACAAGGACACAGCUCUCAUUUUCAUCAUAUUUUUUUGCAUCGUAUGCGAGACUGCUACUGAACAGAUUCAUUAUUCAGUUCCUGAGGAAAUGCCAAAAGGUUCCUUUGUGGGGAAUAUUGCAAAGGAUCUUAGACUGGAUAUAAAGGAUUUCUCACCUUAUGGAGUCAGCUUUGUUUGCAGAGGUAAGGUGGAAUAUUUUGCUUUAAACAAUAAGAAUGGCCAUUUAUACAUAAAGGAAAGACUGGACAGAGAGCAGACCUGUCCCCAGAUACAAAGAUGUCUCUUUAAUUGUGAAGUUAUUAUAGAAGAUGCAAUGAAGAUUUAUACAAGUGAAGUAGAAAUAAUUGAUGUCAACGACAAUGCUCCAAGCUUCAAAUCAGCUCAACUCCAGAUAAAAAUCAGUGAGGUGACUGAACGUGGGACACGAUUCCGUCUGGAAGAUGCCCAGGAUCCAGAUUUAGGGAUGAAUUCUGUCCAGAAUUAUAAACUCAGUGCAAACAGACACUUUUCUCUGGAUCUACAAACUAGAUUGGAUAGUGCAAUAUAUGCAGAGAUUGUACUGGAAACAUCACUGGACCGAGAAGAACAAAAUGUGCAUGAUCUUAUUCUCACAGCUUUUGAUGGGGGGGAUCCACCCAAAUCUGGCACAACCCAAAUCCACAUUAUUGUCCUUGAUGCAAAUGACAACGCACCCAUUUUUAGCCAACCUGAAUACACAGUGACCAUUGCAGAAAAUGUGCCCACAGGCUAUACAGUAGUCACAGUAAAAGCCACUGACCUGGAUGAAGGAAUCAACAGAGAAAUAACAUACAGCUUCAGAAAAAUAUCUGACAAAGCUUCUCAGAACUUCCACAUAAACUCAGAGACAGGUGAAAUUAUUCUUGUGGGGAAGCUGGAUUAUGAAGAAUCUACACUGUAUGAAAUAGAGAUUCAGGCCAUUGACGGGGGAGGACUAUUUAAUAUAUCAAAAGCUGUGAUUUUUGUAAGUGAUGUUAAUGACAAUGCACCUGAAAUAGCUGUCAGAUCACUUGCCAAUUCAGUUCCUGAGGAUUCUCAAGCAGGAACUGCCAUUGCCUUGAUAAAUGUGCAUGAUGAAGAUUCAGGAGAGAAUGGGAAAGUCAUAUGCUCUAUUCCUAGUAAUAUCCCUUUCCAUUUAACAAAAACAAAUGCUAACUAUUACACUAUGGUCAUUGCUAGACCACUGGACAGGGAGCAAGUAGCAGCCUACAACAUCACUAUCACAGCCUCAGAUCAAGGCAUGCCACCUCUUUCAUCAACCACCUUAAUCCUUCUUCAGGUUUUAGACAAGAAUGACAAUGCUCCAUACUUUAUGCAACCAGAAUACACUUUUUACCUUGUGGAGAACAACCAGAGAGGGGACACCAUAUUUUCUUUGAAAACAGAGGAUCCAGACUGGGGGGAAAAUUCAAAAAUAACCUAUUCCAUCAUUGAUAGUCAAAUGUUUGAUUCCUCACUCUCCUCCUACCUUUCCAUUAAUUCGGAAACAGGGGUUGGCUAUGCCUUGAGAACCUUUGAUUAUGAAGAGUUUCGGGAGAUUAAGUUCCAUGUAAGGGCUCAGGACGGAGGUUCUCCACCACUCAGCUCCAACGUCUCAGUGACUCUCUUCAUCCUGGACCAGAAUGACAAUGCUCCCCAAAUCCUGUACCCCUCCCCUCCCACCGAUGGCUCCACGGGGAUAGAGCUGGCCCCUCGCUCCUCUGAGCCAGGCUACCUGGUCACUAAGGUGGUGGCCGUGGAUGCGGACUCUGGCCAGAAUGCCUGGCUCUCCUACCAGCUGAUCAAGGCCACCGAGCCAGGGCUCUUCACUCUGGGGCUCCACACGGGAGAGAUCAGGACGGCCCGCUUCUUUCUAGAGAAAGAUUCCCUCAAGCAAAGCCUGGUGGUUUUAGUCAAGGACAAUGGGCAGCCUCCAAUGUCGGCUUCAGUCACUGUCACUGUGGUCUUGGCUGACAGCAUCCCUGACAUGCUGACUGAUAUGAGCAGCAUCCCAGUAUCUGAAGACCCACAGUCAGAUCUCACCUUCUACUUGGUGACUGCAGUGGCUUUUGUCUCCUGCUUGUUCCUCGCCUUCCUCCUUGUGUUAUUGGCACUCAAGCUUCGCAAGUGGAAAAAUUCUCAGCUGUGUGAUAAUGCAAGUUUGAAUUUCAGUGGUGCACCAGUUUCACAGUUUGUGGGGAUUGAUGGAGUCCGGGCAUUUCUUCAGUCUUAUUGUCACGAGGUUUCACUGACGUCAGGCUCUCGGAAAAGUCAGAUUCUUUUCCCAAUCGGAAGCUGCACCAAUACUUUGACACCACAACAGGUUCCUGAUAAGCCAGGCUCUGUGUUACUCAUAGGUGAUUCUAACACAGUUACGGAGGAGGCAGCAAUCCAUCAGGUGAGCACAUAAAUUUCAAUACUUUGGCCCCCAUUAUUCAAUAGGUUCUAUUUUAUGAAAUUUAAAAGAAUUUCUUAAAUAACAAAUCCUGGAAAAAAUCUGUUUAUGCUUUCUGUAAUAAAGAUGUAAAGAGAGAUGGUGUUUCAUUAAAUGAUGAAGCACUUACUUUAUUGAUUCUAAUAAAUAAUGUAUUUUGAUCUAUGUCAUAUUUUAAACAAAUAUUCUAAGGAUAAUGGAAAGCUGGAUCAGAUUUUGUUUUGAUAGGAAUUUUGUGUACUAUUCCUAAAGACCUUUAUUGUACAUAACUUAUAUCGAAAUCCACCUUCUGAUCAGGUUAGAAACAGUCACAGGAACAAUAGUCUUCAUUCUAUCACAGAAGUGUUUAGGAGGCGGGGAAUGAUACUUGGCUUUUCCACUUGUCUGCCACAAUGCAGGAGGUUGCUGUAGAGGGGAAAGGAUCAGUACUAAGGUUUGGUCAGCUGCAUACAAUCUGAACUAUAUUUAAGGCAAUAGAGAGGCACAUACAUCAGCACAGCUUUGUGUUCUAGUAUUUGGAGGUAUUUAAGCGGAGGUCUUUAAGCGGAGGCUUGACAGCCAUCUGUCAGGAAUGCUUUGAUGGUGUUUCCUGCUUGGCAGGUGGUUGGCCUGGAUGGCCCUUGUGGUCUCUUCCAACUCUAUGAUUCUCUGAUUUCUUUUUAACCUUUUAUAAUACAGUUGUCAGUGAUGGAAGGUAUGCAAGAACAGACAUUUGUCUCUUUUCUGUGAAGCUACUCAGGUUUGUAGCCAAACCACUCAGUGAUCCUACAGCAGAACGCUUACCCACAGUUAUCUUUUCAGCAGAUCAGAGGGCGUGCAAGUGAUAGAACAGCCUUCACAUGACUGAUAAGGUUUUGUUUAGGAAUGUACAACUUUUGCUACUGAAACUCAAUAAAGUUAUUUUGGAGUUCCUUGAAAUGGUGGCUCAGUGCAAUGCAAGAA